CGGAACCUGUGAGGGGUUGGAUUUGAAGUAUUGAUAUUUCGGAGCCGGCGACCGAUCUUAGUGAGACCCGGGAACCUGUGGGAGAGGCCGCUGCAAACGCGCUGUUGAGUUUUUUUUUUUAAUUCUCUUUUCUACAUAUCCACACACCCACCAUCAGCCUACAAAGACAUGACCACCAACGCCAGCCCCACGCACCCCUACUGGCCUCAGCACCUGAGACUAGACAACUUUGUGCCUAAUGACUGCCCCACCUGGCAUAUCCUGGCUGGCCUCUUCUCCAUCUCUGGAGUCUUAGUUGUGACCACAUGGCUAUUGUCAGGGCGUGCUGCGGUCGUCCCACUUGGGACUUGGCGGAGACUGUCCCUGUGCUGGUUUGCAGUAUGUGGGUUCAUUCACUUGGUGAUUGAGGGCUGGUUCAGCCUCUACCACGCGGACCUUCUCGGAGACCAAGCCAUCUUAUCUCAACUCUGGAAAGAGUAUGCCAAGGGAGACAGCCGAUACAUCCUGGAUGAUAACUUCAUGAUAUGCAUGGAGACCAUCACGGCUUACCUGUGGGGACCACUCAGCCUGUGGGUGGUGAUCGCUUUUCUCCGCCAGCAACCCCUCCGCUUUGUCCUACAGCUUGUGGUCUCUGUGGGUCAGGUAUAUGGAGAUGUGCUCUAUUUCCUGACAGAGUACCGUGAUGGAUUCCAGCACGGAGAGCUGGGCCACCCGCUCUACUUCUGGUUUUACUUUGUCUUCUUGAACGCCCUGUGGCUGGUGCUGCCCGGACUCCUCAUACUGGAUUCUAUAAAGCAACUUGCUCAUGCCCAGAGCAUACUGGAUGCCAAAGCCCCAAAAGCCAAGAGCAAGCAGAACUAAAGAGUGAUGAACUAGGCUUAAACACCGGCUAUUGAGGAACUCUUAAUCAGGAAAUAAAGAUCUUGACCCUA